GGAUGUGUGCUGUGGCUGACAACCUUCCAGUCCGUCGCAACAACAGCGGCAGCUGCAGCUGUAGCAGUGUAUUUAUAAUCGCAGCAGCCGAGGGUAGCGAAGUGAGCCGGAGGACGGAGAGAGAGAAAGGAUUUACGGAUCCCGACCAAGCAUGGCUACCCAGACGACAGCAUCAUGCACUGGAUCCACUCUUUUGCAGCCAAUCAGCGAAAUUAUCAAUCUCCCUGUCGACCAGGUAAACUUUGUGGCAUGUCAGCUCUUUGCCCUGCUGAUGGCUGUGUGGUUUCGGAUCUACCUCCACCCCAGUAAGACCAGUCCCUUCAUCAGACAUGUGGUGGCCACUCUGCUGGGCUUCUACUUGGCUCUUUUCUGCUUUGGCUGGUAUUCCCUCCAUUUCCUGGUGCAGAGUGGUCUGUCCUACAGUGUGAUGGUCUUCGCUGGCCUGGAGCACAUGCACAAGUACUGCUUCAUCGUGACACUCAGCUAUCUGAUCUUGUGUCAGAUCACACGAGUCUACGUGUUUGACUACGGCAUGUACUCUGCAGAUUUUACAGGGCCCAUGAUGGUCAUAACACAGAAGAUAACCAGCUUGGCGUUUGAAAUACACGAUGGUUUGACCAAGCGAGAGGCGCAGCUGACUCCAAGUCAGAAAUACCUAGCUAUCAGUCGGAUGCCCAGCUUGCUGGAGUACCUGAGCUACAACUGUAACUUCAUGGGCAUCCUGGCAGGGCCCACCUGCUCCUACAACGACUACAUGGCCUUCAUUGAAGGCACAUGCUACCAGCCACGCCACCAGGAGAACGCCAACGGCAAGGAGAAUGGGAAGUACAAGCAAAGUGAACCCUCACCCAAGAAUGACGUCAUCUCCAAGCUGUGCACAUGUGCCAUCUCGCUGGCCAUCUAUCUGUCUCUGUGCAAGCUGCUCCCAGUCGAGCACUCCAUAGACGAUGACUUUGUCAACUCCACACCAUUCCAUCUUCAGGUCAUCUACCUGUACCUGGCCAUGCUGGCACUGCGGCCAAAGUACUACUUUGUUUGGACACUUGCUGAUGCAAUCAACAACGCUGCCGGAUUUGGCUUCAAUGGAUACAACAAAGAUGGCUCCCCACGGUGGGACCUGAUAUCAAAUCUCAGAAUUCUGGACAUUGAGUUUGCCACCAGUUUCAAGAUGUUCCUAGACAACUGGAAUAUCCAGACAGCGCUUUGGCUCAAAAGGGUUUGCUAUGAGCGCUGUCCCAUCAACCCCACUACUGCCACCUUCCUGCUGUCAGCCAUGUGGCAUGGGGUGUACCCCGGCUACUACCUGACCUUCCUCACUGGCAUUGCCAUGACCAUGGCUGCACGUGCAGUAAGGCACAACAUCAGACCGUACUUUCUGGGCUCUGACUCGUACAAGUGCAUCUAUGAUGUCAUCACGUGGGCAUGGACUCAGGUUGCCAUUAGCUACACAGUGGUGCCAUUUGUCCUCCUUGCUGUGGGACCCUCACUCAAAUUCUACCGGUCUUGGUACUUCUGCUUACACCUCCUGUGUCUGCUGGUGGUGCUGGCCCUUCCUGUCAAAUCGAGACGCCGGCAGGUUAAAGAGCAGCAAGACUGCCUACAGAAGGGCAGGCUACUGGACAACCAGACAGAGUACAACAGCACAGACAACAACUGCAACCAGAAAGACAAGGCCACAUGAGGCUCGGGACGGCGACGCACAGUCCCCUUCAGCAGCAGAAACACUGAGACGAACUACGAAACCACUGAGAGCUGGAGUGUGGGCGAGUCUGUUUACUUGACAAAGAACCAAAUAUCGGAUGCUCUGAAUAUCCUAACAGGGAGAAAACACAACGUCAAUGUCCUGUCCAAACUUCCAGUAGCAAGGAUGACAGCAAUCACACUUCUGACAUGGAAAGGAGACCAGGAUGUAACAAUGGCCACCGUGUAAACUAAUGAGUGAUAGUGGUUACUUUACAUUACAUGAGUGAAAAUGAAGACUUCCAAGCUGCCUUAAACCCUCUAUGUACUGAGUUAUGAUGGCAUGCUGCAAGAACCUAAAUACAGUCACACCAUUGUGGUGUUGGGUCAUGCUCACUGAAUAGAAGUGCAGUAUGUGGAGGGUUUUUGUCAUUGUCUGGAUACACACCUCUGUUAGGGGGAAAUGGAAAAUGUGUUAAUGUAAAAGAAACAUAACCUUUAUCAUCAGCUGCCAAUUUCAAACAGGCCUUAGGAUCCUCAAAAUAUUGUUUGAUCUCUGUCUUUUUUAAAAUCUUUAUUCGAGAAGAAUUCAUAAUGUUCGUGUUUUGUAUUUAGAUGUUUUCGACAACACUAUUUGAAAUCCAUUCUUAAUGAUUUUUUUUUGGGGGGGGGGGGGGUGACUGGAAUUCAAAUUUCGUCCAUCUCCAGCAGUUGAGAGUCUAAAAGAGGCACUUGAGUUACUAAAUGGUUUUUUGUUUUUUAUAUUUUUCAUAUCUGCUGCGUUUUUGACAAACAUAACUCAUCAGAUAAAUGUGUGUUUCAAAGGGAGUUUAUUUAACCUGUCGUGAUGUAGAAUUCUUUUGACUUGGGGUUCAGGGGUGUGAUGAUUUUCUUUUUUUUUUUUUUUU